CGUCGCUGUGAGGCGUCAACAACAAACCCACCGGAGAGAGACGAAUGCCGGUGAAACCCACUUUCUGCUCCCGGAUGAACACCCAGAGAGGUAGUUCUGCAUGCUACAUGCUUUAAGGUUUGUGAUUGAUUGCAAGUCCAAGCCUGCCAAGUGCAGUAAGGAUUGUAAGCCAUGGCAACCUUAGUGCCCAAAGUGUCCAGUGGUGGCGCCAUCAAGAUCCGCUUCAACAGCAUGGACCUGGGCACUACCAAAUGGAAAGAAGGAACUUUUGAGAUUUUAGAGAAGGACAACAAAGUUAACCUAUGUCUGAAGUUCAACAGUGGUGGCGCUUCUAAAACAUUUCAGCUGAACCAGAACGUGAAAAGCUUCUCUCAGAAUCUUAACCGGAUCAUGUUGACUCUGAAGGACAACAGCGUCAUCACGUUGGAUAAAAUGCCCCCCUCUUUGGUUCAGAGGACGAAAGAAUACCUGGAGAAACUGAAGCAGGGAAAGUCAGUUUUGAAGUCCUCCCAUGGAAGUGCAAACUUCAGCGUGCUCGGUAACCGCUCCAUGAAAAACGAGAACAGCCCAUCGGGGGAAAAACAAACGAUGCCAAGGCGACCGAGUGCAGAAGGUCGGGAGGACACGACCCCACGGAAACCUCUGAGCAGCCCGAGCAGAGCGGCCUCCACACCCACACGUGCUGGACUGUCUGAAAACAGAGGUGAGAAGAGGAAGAGGCUCCUCAACUCUGAAAGUGACUUAACCGAGGAUUACCCCAAAGAAAACGAUUCCUCGAGCAACAACAAAGCCACUUCUGACCCAUCCAGAAAGUUUCUCCUGAGCUGUAAAGAGAAACUGAAGCAGACUGAGGAGAACAGGAGCUCAGCUCCACUGGGCUCGACUCCUCUUCAACCCACGACGUUUUAUGGAAGCCGAUCUGCAACUAAAGACUACAGUCAGAAUCACUCUUUCCUGGACAGGCCUUCCAGCACUGCUCAGAGCACCACAGUGAAGAGAAGCCUCGUGCUUCCCAACCACUCGACCCCCUUCAAGAAGGUUCGAACAUCUCUGGACUAUGGAGGCUGGAACAAGCAGAGGCCCUCUACCCUGACCCAACCACAGCCCCCGCUGCAAGGGUUUUCUAAUCUGGGCAACACUUGCUACAUGAAUGCAAUCCUACAGUCCCUCUUCAGCCUCCCUUCCUUCUCCAGUGACAUGAAGCAGAGCAUCCCCUGGAAGAAGGUGCCCACCAACGCCUUGCUCAGGCGAUUUGCCUACCUUAUGCUUAAGAAGGACGUGAGCUGUCCGGAGACUAAAAAGGACUUGUUGAGGAAGGUGAAGAACGCCAUCUCCUCCACAGCUGAGCGGUUCUCUGGAAAUGUGCAGAACGAUGCUCAUGAGUUCUUGAGUCAGUGUUUGGACCAGCUGAAGGAUGAUGUAGAGAAAAUGAACAGGAACCUGACCAGUGAUGCUGCCGCCGUCGCCUCUUCAUCCUCCAUUGUUUGUGAGAGCGGACCAGAGGUCAAGGUAGAACCCGGCGACGAAGCCGACACCUCCCGCGUCUACACCUGCCCCGUGGUGGUCAACAUGGAGUUUGAGGUGCAGCACACGAUCACCUGCAAAUGCUGUGGUGAAGUGGUGACCAAACGUGAGCAGUUCAAUGACUUGUCCAUCGAUCUGCCGCGCAGAAAGAAAACCCUCCCUCUUCGCUCCAUCCAGGACUCCCUGGAUCUGUUUUUUAGGAUGGAGGAGAUUGAAUACUCUUGUGAAAAGUGCAGUGGGAAAUCAGCAACUGUUACACAUAAGUUCAGCAAACUACCCAGAGUUCUCAUCCUUCACCUGAAACGGUACAGCUUUAACGCUCAGCUGUCCCUGAGCAGCAAGCUGGGCCAGCAGGUGCUGAUCCCCCGAUACCUGACCCUGCUGUCCCACUGCACCAAAUCCACCAGAGCCCCCGUCAGCCUCGGCUGGACCACCCAAACCUCCACGUCAAAAGCACCUAAAACAUCACAGUCUAUCAACUCCUCCACGGCACCUCUUCGAAGAACCGGAGGAAGAGCAGCCAACUCCAGCUGCAGCUCCAUCCUGUUGGACUCCGACUGUGAGGAGGAGCCCAUCAGGAAGAUAAGCGCCAGCCGUAAGCGCCGCCUCAGCAGCUGUCUGCCUGACGACGACGACCGUCCAGAAGAGAGGGGAGCAACGGUGGAUUCAACCGAGUUCGGCGGGAUAAACGAUGAUGAAAUGCUGGCGGCCGUGUUGGAGAUGAGCCGACGGGAAGCCGGGCUGUCUGCGUCGCCCCCCCUGGAGGACAGGCAGACGAGCAGCCCCGACACCGGGUUUGGGGACUCGGACGUCCAGGACCUGGAUAAUCACACAGACCUGCAGGAACCGGAAAAACAACCUGCAGAUGUGCUGGAUUCCCUGGACUUGACCAUGGAUGAGAACAAGGAGAACCAGACCCCAGAGGGUGUGCAGCAGCAGGGGGAGCUGGACUGGGUCCAGCAGUACAAUCUGGACCAAGAGAGGGAAGAACAGGAGCUGCAGCAGGCCCUGGCCCAGAGCCUCCAGGAGCACGAAGCCCAGGAGAUGAGAGAAGACGACGAUCUGAAGAGAGCCACUGAGCUCAGCUUGCAAGAGUUCAACAACUCGCUGCCGGAGCUGCUGUGCUCAGACGACGACUCUGGAAACGAGGACCAUCUGGACAUGGAGUAUACUGAGGCAGAGGCAGAGAGCCUGAGGAGAAACGCUGAGAGCGGAGACUUGGCCAACUCUUACAGACUCCUCAGUGUCGUCAGUCACAUCGGGAGCAGCUCCUCCUCAGGUCAUUACAUCAGCGACGUCUUCGACAUGAAGAAACAGUCGUGGCUGACCUACAACGACCUGGACGUGUCGCGCACGCAGGAAGCAGCCGUGCAGCGAGACCGCGACCGCAGUGGAUACAUCUUCUUCUACAUGCACAAAGAUGUGUUUGAGCAGCUGUCCGAGAUGGAGAAAUCUGGAUCCAGCAGCACCUCGGAGGCAGGAAGGAACGUCCUGCAGCCCCUCUGAGCUCCACUCGGAUCCAGUUCUGGUCCCGGGUCGAUGAAGCUGAGCUGUGGACGAUCGUCGGUUCUGACGUUUACUGUCCUUUUUGUUUUUGGCCUUUUCGAAGCACUUCUUCUUCUACAAAUCUCUAAACGAGCCUUCAGACCUCCGCAGGUGGUAAACUACCAAGACUCAAAGUGAAUCAGAUUUUCCUCCAUGUUUCUGAGGCCUGAUUAAAAAAAAAACUAAAAAAAAAAAAAAAAAAAAAAAAAAAUAUA